AUGAUUAGAAUUUUGGCAUCUUAUAAUGAUAAGGUUGCACAAUUUGUUUUGGAAAAUGCUCAUAAAUCUGCUAAGUACACUUCACCUACAAUUCAGAAGGAGAUUCUGCAUGUUAUUGCAAGUAAAGUGCGGAGUAAGAUUCGUGAAGACAUUGGGGAUUCUAAAUUUUGUAUUAUUGUUGAUGAGUCACGUGAUGAGUCAAAGAGAGAGCAACUGGCUCUUGUUUUGAGAUUUGUUGACAAUGGUGGCUUUAUACAGGAACACUUCAUUGAUCUUUCUCAUGUUAAAGACACUACUGCAUUGACCCUAAAGAACGAAAUAUAUGCUAUUCUUUCUCGUCACUAUCUUGGCAUUCAAAAUAUUCAUGGACAAGGAUAUGACGGUGCUAGCAACAUGUGUGGUGAAUGGAAAGGAUUGCAAGCCUUAGUUCUUAAUGAUUGUCCUUAUGCAUACUUUGUGCAUUACUUUGCUCAUCGGUUACAAUUAGCAUUAGUUGCUGCAACAAGAGAGGUAAUCCCUAUCCAUGAAUUCUUCUUGAAUUUAAAUUUCAUUAUCACUACAGUUGGUUCUUUGUGUAAACGUAAUGAUGAACUAAGAGUUGCUCAAGCUACAAAAAUUGAUAGAAUGUUAGCUAUUGAUGAACUUGAAACAGGAACAGGAGCAAACCAAAUUGGGACUCUAAAAUGGGCUGGAGAUUGUUGGGGGCCUCAUUUUAAUUCUAUUUGUAGCCUAGUGAGGAUGUUUGGUCCAACUUGUUUGGUGCUUGAAAAUAUAAAGAAAGAUGGGUCCACCUACUUGCAAUGUGGAGAUGCAAAUAUAGCUCAUAAAAUGAUUAAUUCAUUUGAGUUUAUAUUUAGUUUACAUCUAAUGAUGGAAAUCAUGGAUGUUCAAUUGCAAGAGCUUGACAAUAGGUUUGGUGAACAACCAACAGAACUCUUGACACUUUGCUCUGCUUUGGAUCCAAAGGAUGCUUACAAAUCCUUUAAUGUGGAUGAUAUAUGUCGUCUUGUUGAGAAAUAUUAUCCUCUUGAUUUUUUUGAGCGGGAUAGGACUGGUUUAAAAAUUCAAUUAAAGCUAUUUGAGCAUGAUGUGCAAAAUCAUUUGAAGUUUCAAAAUUUGUCAUCUAUGGUAGAAUUAUGUCGAAGGUUAAUAGAGACAGAAAAUUCACAGGUAUAUCCUCUUAUUGAUCAAUUGAUUUGCCUUGUUUUGACUUUUCUAGUGUCCAUAACAACUGGUGAGCGAGCCUUUUUUGCUAUGAAAAUUGUUAAAACAAGAUUGCGCAACAAAAUGGAGGACGAGUUUCUCUCAGAUAACUUAGUUGUCUACAUUGAAAAGGAAAUUACUGAGAACUUCACUACUAACUCAAUACUUGAUGACUUUAGAUCUUUUAAAGAGCGUAGGUUACAGUUUUGA